CUUCAGCUCCUUUUUGUCCCCUGCAUCCAGCAAGCGAUCCGCGUCCGGUAUGGCAAAGCUUUGGCAAGGAAGUGGAGGAGGAUUACAUCCCCUGGUGGAAGCCUACACUGUGGGCGAGGACGGCGUCCAUUGGGAUUCCCGGGAGGACUUCCGUUUAGAUGGCGAGGUGCUUUUGCCCUUCGACCUGAAAGCCAGCGCGGCUCACGCCACCAUGCUGCAGAAGAUCGGCGUGCUCACCAAAGAGGAGCUGGACACCUUGAAGAAAGCCUUGAAGGAGAUCGAGGAACUUUGGAAGAAAGGUGAUUUCAAGGUGACGCGAAGCCAAGAAGACGGUCACACGGCCAUCGAGCAGUACAUCACCGAGAAGUAUGGCGAGGUGGGCAAGAAGAUCCACACCGGACGUUCUCGGAAUGACCAGUCUAUGACGAUGAUCCGGCUCUAUUCCUUAGAACAGUUGCGCUUGAUCCGGCAGCUGGCCAGUGAUUUGGCAACAGCGGCCGAGGCUAGGGUCAGUGACUUCAAUGCCGUGGCGAUGCCAGGAUACACCCACAUGCAGCGGGCCAUGCCCACCACCGUGGGCACCUGGCUGGGGUCCUUCGCCCAGGGCUGGAGGGACUCCACCAAGAUGUUGGAUGGCGCGAUCGGCGUCUUGGACCAGAACCCCCUGGGCUCCGCCGCGGGCUUCGGCAUCAACGGUCUAGCGCUGGACCGCGCGGAGACGGCGAAGCUCUUGGGCUUUCAGACAGUGCAAAGCAACCCCAUGUAUUGUGGCCUCAGCAGAGGGAUGUUUGAGAACGUUGCUUUGCAGGCCAUGAGCCUAGCGAUGGUCUUGAGCUCUCGAUUUGCCACAGACAUGAUGAUGUUCACUCAGCAAGAGACCUUGUUCUUGGCACUGCCUGACAACUUUGUGACAGGUUCUUCCAUCAUGCCCCAGAAGAAGAACUACGACCUCUUCGAGAUCAUGCGGGCCAAUGGCAAGGUUUUUGGCUCGUUGCAAAUGCAGAUCCAGGAGACGAUCGUGGGUUUGGGCAGUGGAUAUCAUCGUGACUUGCAGUGCACCAAGAAGGCCUUUGUAGAAGCCUGCGAGCUUGGUACCUCUACGUUGGCCUUGCUCAAGGAGGUGAUCCCUGCUUUGCAAGUGAGAGAAGAAAAACUCAAAGCUGCCAUGACUGAGGACCUCUACGUGACGGAUGAGGUCUAUCAGCUGGUGGCCAAAGGGAAGGCCUUCCGGGAGGCCUACGGUGAAGCCAAGGAGGCCUUCUUCAAAAGAAAGGCUCAGCAGGAGGCGGAAGCCAGUAAGAAGCCUCGUGUGUGAAUGGGCGCAGAUUGGACGUUUGCUGAGGGAAAUCCGCACGAGGUCAUGCAGGUCA